AUGCUGGAAGUAGACACAGAUGAUACACAGGAAUUAUUAGCCACCAAUGCUGCUUCUGGCUCCUCUACUACAACUGGUGCACCUAGAUUCGAGGUAUUGUCGUCAUUAUCACAAUCACACCAAGAAAAAUCAUCUACGAAAUACAAAAAAAUUUCAGAAUUUGUUAAAAUUAAUGUGCUCGGACAUCCUAAUAAUUUUGAGGAAUAUGUACUACGCAAUGAGGCAAGUGACUGUUCCUUGAUAGCAAAAUACUGUAAAACAACUACAAUUGAUUUAUCAACUCAACCAACAUUAUCAAUAGACUCCAUAUCUUUGAACACCAUUCACAUCCCACAUCCUUUAAUCAAUUUCAUGAAAAAUGAAGCCAACCAGCAAUUAUCUCCCGAUGAUCAAGUUGAUGUCAGUAAUGAGUUACAAGAAUCACCUAUUGUUGUUUUUUUGCAUGGAUUAGGAGGACAAAUGUCACAAUUUGAACCGUUGAUGGGUUUAUUAUCCCAAUGUCUGGAAAUUUUGUCUUUAGAUUUACCUGGGUUUGGAAAUUCAAAAUUGCAAUUUGAAGAAGGCUUUAAAUUUAUAUCCGAAAUUUCUGAUUCUGAUAAAUCAAAAAUAUCUUCAAGUAUUCAAAAAAUGAAUUGGGACGACUUUUCUACCGACAAUAUUGUUAGAAUAGUGUAUGAAUUCAUUAGCCAGAACGUGCCCCUGAGCAAGAAGAUUGUGUUGAUCGGCCACUCAAUGGGAACUCAUAUUUCGAUCAAACUUGCUAAAAAAUUGCCUCAAUCAAAAGUCGAAGGAUUAAUUUUGUUAUCACCCCCAGCAUUGACAGACGACAUUAACACGAACGAGCAAAACACGAAAAACACUCAUAAUCUGCUAAGCUUGUUUACCGUGUUUACAUAUUUCCCCUGGGUAUUCAAUUCUUUUAGAACUUGGAAUAGAUUGGAGGGAUUAGAUAGUGCAAGUGUUGUUAGACAAUUAUCGAAAACUAAUAAUUCUAUUUAUAAUAAGCUAAGACAAUUUAGAUGGAAUUUGGAUGUUAACUCUGAUAUUGUAUUAAAAUAUGCUAGCGGGUUUCAAAGGGCAACAAACUCAGAUUUGAUAUCUGCAAUUAGUCGGUUUAAUGAUAAUCCUGAAGACAAACAAGUUUAUGAAAAAACCGUUUUCAUCUGUGGGAAUAAUGACCAAAUGACUCCAGUUUCGACAAUAUAUAAAUGUGAUGAGUUUUUAACUUCCAAUUUUGGUAGAAAAGUAUCAGCAGCCAUUGAAGUUAAGGGUGUUGGGCAUUCAUUAUUAUUACUGAAACCCGAGUUUAUCAGUGGAAUAAUCUUGAAUCAUAUAGAGCUGAAGUUCCCUGAACGAUUGCAUUUAUCUCCUGCUUGGGUAUUAAAAAUUAAAGCAAAAGUAUCUGGCGAUAAAUGGGGGUUGAAAAACGAACAGAAAUGGCUGAACAUACAAUCCGUGUCGUAUAAUAUUACAAGAAACCGAGGCAAAGAUAUUGCACCAUUGUUAGGAAUGAAGACAUUAAGAGAAAGCGAUCCAAUUCAUUCACCAUCUAUUUUAGAAAAGCAAUUUUAUGGGGACAAUUCAUCAAAUCAAAUAAAGGGGAACUUGAUUGCUAUAAUUGACAUUUCCGCCGACAUCCCUCCUUACAGCCCCAAAUCCUUUGAAAAAAUAAAGUAUUACAAAUGUGCUACCGUAUCAAAAGUAGUUCCAGAUCAAAGUGCGAUUCGAAGAUUUAUACAACUAGUCAAUGAUAUUUUACAUGAAAAUACAGUAGCAAAUCCAUUGAUAGCUGUUCAUUGCCAUUAUGGGUUCAAUAGAACUGGAUUUUUAAUUUGUUGUUAUUUAAUUGAGGUAUUGGGGUGGUCAGUUGAAGAAGCAGUAGAAGGAUUCAAAAUAGCAAAACAACCUGGUAUCAAACAUCCUCAUUUCAUUGAUGCAUUGUAUGUCAGAUAUGAAAAAUGA